ACAGCUGGUGGUGAUGUGAUUUGAUUUUGAUGAGCUGUCACAAAAUGGAGGUUAGAAUAAUAAAAAUUGUUCUCUAAAGAACAAUUAAUUAUCUUUGUUGAAGUGUUGUUACGAAUUCUUAUGGUCAGAGAAAGGAAAAAUAGUUGAUGUAUCGCUUCUGAAGUAGCUUUAUCACAUAAUGGCUAGCCCUCGAACUCGUCGUGUUUUACAAGAGUUGAAACCCCAUAAUGAGAAUGAUAAAUGCUUUGAAUGUGGCACUCAUAAUCCUCAGUGGGUCUCUGUAACAUAUGGAAUAUGGAUCUGCUUAGAAUGCUCAGGAAAGCACCGUGGCUUAGGUGUUCACUUGUCAUUCGUGAGAUCAGUAACAAUGGACAAAUGGAAAGACAUUGAAUUAGAGAAAAUGAAAGCAGGUGGAAACAGGAAUGCCAGAGUAUUCUUUGAAGCACAGCCUGACUGGGAUGACAACAUGACCAUUCAACAAAAAUACAACACUAAAGCAGCAGCACUCUACAAAGAUAAAAUUGCAACUGUAGCACAAGGGAAGUCAUGGGAUGAAAAAAAAUCACCAGCUCAAAAUUUUGUUGGCAGUUUGGUCAGCCCUACACAAACAGGAAAUUCAAGGAGCUUUUCAUCUUCUAACCCUACAAGAUCCUAUUCAUACAGUGGUGAUGCUUAUCAAGGAUCCUAUCAAAAUAUGAACCAUCAAGAAGUUAAGAGCCAAACAGAAGCUUUUUUUGAGAGAAAACAAGAAGAAAAUUUUACCAGAAGAGAUGAUAUUCCACCCAGCCAAGGAGGGAAAUAUAGUGGUUUUGGUUAUACCAGGGAACCACCUCCAAGAAGCCAGUCCCAAGAAUUUGUUGAUACUGCCAUGUCUUCAUUAGCCAGUGGUUGGUCUUUUCUGUCAGCUUCAGCUUCAAAAAUAGCUAAUAAGGCAGCUGAAAAUGCAGUUAAAUAUGGUGGAGUUGCAAGUCAGAAGGUAGUUGAUUUGAGUUCACAAGUAGGUGACAAGGUCACAGAAAUUAGUAAAAAAGGUUGGAAAGAAAUCGGCGGUUUGAACACCCAGUAUUCUUCAGGUACUUAUGAUCAAGUUAGAGGUGAAAAUUACUCUCAAGGUGAAAAGUCUUCUCUUGUAAAUGGUAAUAAUCAACAACAGAGGUCAAAUGAUUGGAAUGACAGUGGGUCAAGUGCAAUCAGUUCCACGUCUGGAAAUCAGUCUUGGAAUGAAAGUAGUGAAAUCUACGGAAAUAAUACUAGUAAAUCACCGAAAGAACAAAGGUCGGGACAAAUGAGAAAAACGGAAAAGAAACAAGCAGAAACAUCAACUAAAAAAAAUUGGAAUGAUAAAUGGGGAGAUGAUGAGCUAUGGGAAAGCUUGAAUAAAUAAUGAGAUUAUUGAAAUUGAAACAAACAUUGGUUCUAUGUAUCAACUCCAAAAUGUAAAACUGUGAGUUUAAAAAACUAAAUAUAUCUUAUGGAGAC